AUGUUGGGUCGACACUUAAGAACACCUUCUAACAUUUCCUAUAGUUCAAACGUGAACAGAAAGUUUUUACGUUUCACAUCUGCUAUGAACCAAUCCACGAAUACUAAAGAGAUUGUGGAUAGACAGAGUGCAUCGUUGGACAGCGACAUAUGUUUGCUCGUGGACGAGAGAGACAACUACAUCGGAACUGCCACCAAGAGGGAUUGCCACAGAGUGAGUGCGGACGGCAAGCUGCUCCUGCAUAGAGCCUUCAGUGUGCUAAUGUUCAACUCCGCGGGAGAACUACUUGUGCAGAAGAGAGCCGCUGAAAAAGUAACUUACCCCAGUGCAUACACGAACACAUGUUGUAGUCACCCAUUGUUUAUUAACGGUAUACCGGAAGACGUCACGACUGCCGCUAUUCGCAGACUUAACGAGGAACUGGGGAUACCAAAAGCCCAGUUGCGUCGUGAAGACUUCACUUUCAUAUCCCGAUUCCUUUACGCGGACUGUGGUGAUGGCGCAUGGGGAGAAUACGAGCUAGACCAUGUGCUCAUCCUGAGAAGCGAUGCCCAAGUGAAACCCAACCCUAAUGAGAUCGAUGACGUCAAAUACAUCCCUAGAAAUAAGAUCGACAGUUUCAUGGAACAUCUGAAGGAUCCCGUAACACCAUGGUUCAGGCUGAUAUACCACCACCUGCUGCUGUACUGGUGGGACAACUUGCACCGCCUCGAAGACAUUGCCGAGCCCCACAAGAUAAGAUCGUUUAUGGACAAAAAGAUAAGAUCGUUUAUGGACAAAAAGUAACUUCACACUAUUACAUUAAUAUGUAACGUUU